UAUUUUGAUUCACAAUUGCAAAUAGUUCAAUCUUAAAUGUCAGCUCUCCCACAACUCACAAGCUAGAAAAUAUCUAAAUAUAUUAAUAGGUUAGAAAGAUAAUAACCAAUCCCAAUUUCUUCUCCCCCUAUGGCCUAAUGUAAAACAAAAGACUCUUUCCAAAAAAAAAAAAAAAAAAAGAAUCUGACUAUUUUGAACUUAGAACCUACAACAAACUGACAGAAAAUUUCCAUUAUGCACACUGCAGUUUUCUACCUUCUCCUUCUCAGUCCCCUUCUUUCAACCAUUGCAAUCCAAAACCUGUCUCCUUACACCCCUGCGGAUCUAAUUCUCCUAAAUUGUGGUGCACCAAAUGAAGGACAAUCAAUGGAUGGCCGGAACUGGGAGGGUGAUGCCGGUCAUAGGUCCAAAUAUUGUCCUUUCAACUCUGAAAUCUCAUCACCUUCCAAAGCCUCCCAACAAGACUCUUCUGUUACUCCGGUACCCUACAUGACAGCUCGAAUAUAUCGCUCUAAAUUCACUUGCACGUUUCCUGUCUCCAUGGGACCAAAGUUUAUCCGUCUUUAUUUCUAUCCAACUACCUACUCAGGCCUCAACAUAUCAACAUCCUUCUUCUCCGUCACUGCGAAUGAUUACACCCUUUUAAGUAACUUCAGUUCAUAUCUAACUGUUUCUGCAAUGCAACCACCAGUUGCAUACUUUGUCAAAGAAUUUAUCAUCUCUGUAUGGGAUAACCAAGCAGUCAUCAACUUAACUUUUACUCCAUCUCCAAAUUCUUUUGCUUUCAUUAAUGGCAUAGAAAUAGUUUCCAUGCCAACCAAUCUGUACGCAAAAGAUAACGACUAUGCUUAUCCCUUUGUAAAUGACAACAGUAUCUUCAAUUUCGACAACACAACGGCUCUUGAAACUGUUUGUCGUCUAAAUGUUGGCGGAGGAGAUAUUGAGAAUGUAAAAGAUAUAGGAAUGUUUCGACCAUGGUCCGAUGAUUCCAGUUAUCUUUUUGGUGGUCUGUCUGGUGUCGUGCAUAAGUGGCGCGAUAACGUCACAAUAAAAUACAGUAAGGAUACGCCAGCAUAUGUUGCACCAGAAGCUGUAUACAUUAGUAAACGUACAAUGGGUACAGAUUCUAUGUUAAACAAGAAUUACAAUCUCACCUGGCACUUUUUGGUUGAUUCUGGCUUCAAUUAUCUUCUCCGGCUCCAUUUUUGUGAAACUGACGAACAGAUCACUCAUGAAGGUCAAAGAGUGUUUUCCAUAUUUAUAAAUAACAUGACAGCCGUAGCAGAUGCAGAUGUGAUCCACUGGAGUGGUGGUAAUAGCAUUCCAGUAUACAAAGACUAUGUCAUUUUGGUCCCAGGAGGAGAAAGCCAUAGCAAGAAAGACUUGUGGCUCGCUUUACACCCCAAUACUGAUCUGUUAGCUUCUUAUGCUGAUGCAAUCUUGAAUGGUCUAGAGAUAUUCAAGCUGAACAAUUCAGAUGGUAAUCUUGCCGGAUCCAACCCUGAAGCACUAAUGGUAGUUCCUUCAUCACCAGAACAACAAUCAAGCUUACAGAAGGGGACAAAGAUUAAAGCGCCAUCUGUUGUAGUUAUUGUUGGUGUUGUAGUAGGUGUACUAUUUGCUUUUUCUUUUGUUCUAUUUUUCUUUAUCCUCAAACGAAAAGGGAAAGCAAAGGACAUUGAUGAUAUUGGUAUGCUACUACCAACUGAUCUUUGUCGUCAAUUUACAAUAGCUGAAAUCAGAGCAGCUACAAGAAAUUUCGAGGAUCAAAAUAUUAUUGGCUCUGGGGGUUUUGGAACAGUGUAUAAGGGCUAUAUCGAAAAUGAAUUCAUCCCGGUUGCAAUUAAACGGCUAAAUUCAACAUCGAAACAGGGGACUCGUGAGUUCCAUACGGAGAUUGAGAUGUUGUCCAAGCUCCGACAUAUUCACCUCGUCUCUUUAAUUGGAUACUGCGAUGAUCAAGAUGAGAUGGUUCUUGUAUAUGACUACAUGCCACAUGGGAACUUUCAAGAUCAUCUGUACAAAACACAGAACCCUCCUCUCCCAUGGAAACAAAGGCUACAAAUAUGUAUAGGUGCUGCAAAAGGGUUGCAUUAUCUCCAUACGGGUGUAAAGCAUACCAUCAUCCACCGUGAUGUGAAGUCAUCAAACAUACUAUUGGACAGGAAUUGGGUGGCCAAGGUUUCGGAUUUUGGUUUGUCAAAAACAGGUCCCACUGGUGAAGACCAAACCCAUGUCAGCACUGUUGUUAGAGGUAGUGUAGGCUACCUUGAUCCCGAGUACUAUCGCAGGCAACACCUCACUGAGAAAUCUGAUGUCUACUCGUUUGGGGUGGUGUUGUUAGAAGUACUAUGUGCCAGGCCACCAAUCAUCUCAAACCUGAGCAAAGAACAAGUGAACUUGGUUGAAUGGACAAGAAAUUGUCAUCGAAAAGGAACUUUUGAUGAUAUUAUUGACUCGCAGUUGAAGGGUGAUAUCACAUCUGUCUCUUUAAACAAGUUUGUGGAGAUUGCUGAAAGUUGUGUGCGUGAAAAAGCAACUGAACGGCCAAAAAUGGGUGAUGUAGUAUGGAGCCUUGAAUUUGCAUUGCAGCUUCAAGAAUUUACUGAGAAAAAUGUCAAUGCAAGUGAUAUUGUCCGUGAGGAACUGCAAGAGUCAUCUAUGUCAUACAAAGAGGUGACUACCACUGAUGGUGAUGAUCUAUUUACAUUCUCAGGUGGAACUAUUCCAGAUUCAAGGAGCACAAUUAGUUUCGGUGAGAAGAGCACUAAGAAUAAUGACUCUGAUGAAGUGGGAUUGUUUUCAGAAAUAAUGAAUCCACAGGGACGAUGAGAUUGAAAUGAACCCUAAUGUGAGAUUCACUUGGAUGUGUAUGUUAUAAAAUGCAGUGUCUUCAAUAUGUUAUAUUUGCAAGUAGGCUUCUUCCUGAUUAUGUACUUAAUUUCCAGGUUUGCUUUA